ACACACACCCAAACUGCCUGCAUUUAUAGUGCACCUGCUUUGACUAAGAGGAGGACAAGUAACAACCAAGCCUGCAGACAGAGAGGGAGCCACUCGUCUAAAAGAAAAAAAACAAACAAACAAAAAAGACAGGUGCAGCAGUGUUGUCCAACAUGGCUUUACAAAGCCGGACGUUUUCCUUUCUUUUCUUUGCGGCCUGUGCAGUUCUGGUGACUUCCAAGCACAUGGAGCCAAACUUCCGUGGCAUAACCCAGAAAUUGAUAAGGAGGUGUCAGGACAAGGGAUACCAGCCGCCCAAGACACACUUUGUUUUUAAUACCAGUAAUUCUUCUUUAAUGGAUGCGAUUGACAACUCACCCAAGUUCCUCCUCACUGCUCUGCUGAGUUCAGUCAUGAACAGGGACCCACUCAGCCGAAUCCCCAAAACUUCCACGGAUAAAAUAAUGGAGAGGAUGUGGAACUGCACCCACCUGCGAGACAUGAUCGUGCUGAUGAAGAACUCCUCUGAAAACGCCACUGCGUGUUACAUGCAGGCCUUCAUGGCUCCGAUCUCCUGGAUGAUUCUGACUGCACAGGACAAAAACAACACUGACAUGAACGCCCUCAACAUGGAUGACUUUGACACGCUGCUGUGGUCGGCCAAGGACGCGCUGCGGGACCUGCCGUCAUCCGCAUUCAAGUUUCCACCCAAAGUAGAACUUGAAAAAAUGAAAAGGCUGAUUUCUGCCCUCUGGCGGGUUCAUGCCAACAUACCCAAGCAAAACAGGGCCCGAGUGGCAAAGUGGGCAAAAGAGCAAAUCACUGAGAAUUACUUCAACUGCACUAUGAAGCCGCCAUCUGGCUCAGACACAGAAAAGAAUAAAGGAAAGCCAGUGAACCGCUGCAAGCCCUCACUUCAAUGGCUGAACAUGGAGGCCAUGACCAUGAUGGGGCCGUACCUCUCUGACUUAUCACCGCGAGAUAUAGAUUCUGCUCCCAAAGAGAAGCUUUGUGAAUUCUUUCUCUCGGCCAAGUUCAACUCGACCUUGAGCCGAGGGACCAGGAUGAGCCCCAGCCUGGGCAAGAAGUGGCUCCAAAAGAUCCAGCAAUGCUUUAACAAAAAGGAGCAGUUGGCAGAGCACAUAGAAAAACUGGGCCCUCUGGCUUGCUUUUGGUACAAAGUUCCAGAUCUGACACCUGAGCUCAGCAGCAAACUCCUCCCAGAGUUAGACGGCUGCGACCAUCCCAGAAUCAAGCAGCUCAAGAAGAAACUUAUUGAGACUUUGAUGUCCAAAGACAACACCAUUCAAAUGCUGUACAACCUCGGACGUAACGUGACUUUUUCAAAAGACCAGGCUUUUGCUUUGAUCAAGAGAAAGCUGGGAGGUCAGAAGUGCAGAAACAUUUCACACGAGGAGCUGAAGGAACUUCAGUCCAUGGCAGCUGGUUUGCCCCAGUGUGUUCUCAAGAGGCUGAAAGCCGCGGACGUCCUGAAUGACCCAGAGACUAUGGAGAACAUCGCCAAGAAGUUUUCCAAGGCACAAAAGAUGGCCAUGCUGCAGCGGCUAACAGAGAGCGUGACCGCCUCUGAGCUGAUGGAGAAGGUACCAGAAUCACUGCGUGAACGACUUUCCCUGAACUUCCUGAAAAAUGCCGACGUCAGUUCUUUGGGAAAUAAAACAUGGAACAAACAACAGGCAUUAUUUCUGGCCAAAAAAGUAAAAGACCUCCAUAAGCUUCCUGUUCUCAGGAAGUACAUCAGCCUCCUGCGGGGAGUAUCCUGUGCCAUUAUCGACAAAGUGGCCGAAGGCGACACACUGACCAUGACCGAGGAAUUCUCUGAGAAUCAACAGUUCCUCGACAAAGUGGCGGUUAAAUGUGCUGCCAGGAGACUGUUUGCAGUGUUGGAGAAAGAGAGAGAAGAUUAUUUCCAAACCAUCACAGAGGAGGAACUGGACAUGAUCCCCAGCCUGUUCCUCAUUUAUCUGCCACCAUCAAGAGUCAAGGACCUGCCCGACUCUGUGUGUCCCACCUUCCUCGACAAGAUGGAAGAAGUCAACAUGACCUUCUUACCGCGGGCCGCUCCCUCUCGCCCUAAACUUCUCCAAAAGGCUCUUGACUGUCUGACCGAAGGGGAGGCGCUGUCCACACUGACCGUCGACGACACCUCCAGACUGGGAGAGCUCAGCUGUGAGCUGUCGGCCUCACAGCUGAGACUCAUGGACCCUGAUGUUCUCAAAGCCACGCUGGAAGACAUGGCCCUGUGUCGGUACAUCCCUGCAGACCACCGGUCGGAUCUAAUCCAGCUGAUCGAGGAGACGUACGGGAAUCUGUCUGAGUUCCCUCAGGAGACGGUGGAAGCUCUGUGGCCAUUACUUUCUUUGGACGACUCUGCCGUAUCUGCUCUGCCCAAUCAACCCUGGAUGAAGGACAUCAUUGAUGACAUGCGGCCGAGUCUGAACAAUGUCUCAGAAGCAGUAAAUGAGAAAUUCUUCAACCUCACCGUCAGUGAAUCCACCACAGCACGAAAGAGGAGAACAGUUCGGAGCGUCUCGUCAACUACACCCACCGCGGCGAUAAUUGAAGAACUCGGCGAUGGAAACGUCUACUGGACACUGGGGCAGCUGAACAUGAUUCCAAUUGAAGUCUUUCGUGCUACCGUACAAGUGCUCGGAACGCCCACGGGUUACAGUGUGGAGCAGCUGUCUGUGCUCAGCAAAAAGGCAACGGAGACCUUCGGCUCUGUGUCAACACUGACUGAGGAGGUGGUGCAAAAGAUGGGGUGCAUCAACAGGGGAUUCUCUGACGGCGACCUGGAGAAGCUUCCCUUCUCAUUGGACAAUUUGGAUGCGAUCAAGUCAUGUGGCUGGACAGAGCAGCAGAUGCGAUCGAUGUGGAAAGGCAUCGCUACAUACAAUAACCUGACAGCGCAGAAGCUGGGAGUCACAGAGAUGGCUGCACUGAACCAGUUCAUGUGUGGCCUCAGCCCUAAUGAAAUCAGUCAGCUCAACAAAGAGGCGUUCAAGGAUGCUGUGGGAUCACUCAAUGACAUCCGAUGCUCAUACAACAUCGCAAAGCAGUUGAAAAGUCUUGCUGUGACAGCAUUCGGAGAGCCCAACACUUGGACAGAGGCCAAAGUGAACGAACUAGGAAACAUGAUGGCUGGCCUGGACGCAACUGAGUUAGCGUCUUUGAACACGGCUGUCUUAUCAUACAUCAGGGACACCACCAUACCACUCAUACCAGCAGAAAACUUUGCUGCUCUCACAGAGGUUCAGCUCGAGGCUCUUGGGUCGGACAAUGCUGCCAAGGUUACCACUGAACAACUAAAUGCACUGAGUGCCAAGCAACGAGCCGCUAUUGAAAGAGCUGCGGCUGGGUCUUUGGUGGCAAAGACCACCUCAGGAGCUCCAUCGCUGAGCGCCGAGGGAAUCUCUUUUAUGAAACUCCUUCUUGUUUUCCUCCUGGGCUUCCUGCUGCUGUGAGACCAGAUGAUCCUGUAACAAAACUGGCUAACGCUUUAGAUAAACAAGCAGAUAUUUUUAAUACAACUUCUAAUAUACCUGCACAGGAAUGGAAUGCUGUAAUAUUUAACACAGACUGCUGACGUUGCUGUAAUUUUACUCACUUAAACUUAGUGGUGACCAACCACAUCUGUCAAAGGUACGUCAUGUGAUAAUCAUCUAAUCGUCAUCUAUUUAAUUGAUAGUCUAUGAUGUGUUAGAACUCCUUAUCGUCUAUAAUUCUUCAUCUUUCAACAUUAGUUUUAGGUGCAAUCUAUUUUGAUAAAAAUGUAUCACGUACCAAAUGUAACGCAUGUGAUUUGUACCAUUUUCUAGGUCAACGUCAAGCACUUGGCAAAGCACUUUCAAUGUUAAAGCUUUUUCAGCACUUAAUAACUCUAGAACUAAGUAGUUCUAGAAGACCAAAGUACACGAGC